CGUCUUCUACCUUUCCCUCCCGCUUCCGAUUGCUCCCCUCCUCCCUCCACCUCCGCCUCCACAUGACCGCGUCGUCGGCGUCGGCGGCAGUGGCGGAGUAGUCGGAUUCGCCGGAGCAGCGACGGCGAGGUCUACCCAACGGAGGUUGCGGCGAUGGCGGCGCCGGCGUCUGCGGCGGCGGGGCUGGGGGCCAUGUCCACCGACAACGCCAAGGGGCUGGUCCUCGCCGUGUCGUCCAGCGCCUUCAUCGGGGCCAGCUUCAUCGUCAAGAAGAUGGGGCUCAGGAGGGCCGCCGACUCCGGCGUCCGCGCCGGAUAUGGAGGGUUUUCUUACUUAAUGGAGCCUCUAUGGUGGAUAGGCAUGAUUUCUAUGAUUGUGGGAGAAAUUGCUAAUUUUGCUGCUUAUGCAUUUGCUCCUGCUAUUCUUGUUACUCCUCUUGGGGCACUCAGUAUAAUAAUCAGUGCUGCACUUGCACACGGCAUUCUGCAGGAGAAACUACACACCUUCGGCAUACUUGGUUGUGUUCUUUGUGUAGUUGGAUCUAUAACAAUAGUACUCCAUGCUCCACAGGAGCGCAAUAUCGACUCUGUAAGGGAAGUUUGGGAUCUUGCAACUGAACCAGGUUUUCUUUGCUACGCAGCUAUAGUAGUUGCAGCUGCACUAGUUCUUAUAUAUUUUGUCGUCCCUCAACAUGGACAAACAAACAUCAUGGUGUACAUCGGAGUCUGUUCUCUUCUAGGAUCUCUCACCGUGAUGAGUGUAAAAGCUCUUGGCAUUGCAUUGAAGUUAACAUUCUCAGGAGUGAACCAGUUAUUCUAUCCACAGACAUGGGCUUUUACCCUAAUUGUAGCCACAUGUGUGAGCACCCAGAUUAACUAUCUAAAUAAGGCAUUGGACACCUUCAAUACAGCAGUUGUCUCACCAAUAUAUUAUGUGAUGUUUACUUCACUAACAAUUAUAGCCAGUGUGAUAAUGUUCAAGGACUGGGAUCGGCAAAGUCCAACACAAAUUGUCACGGAGUUGUGUGGUUUUGUGACCAUCCUUUCUGGGACAUUUCUCCUCCACAAGACAAAGGACAUGACUGACAGUACUGGAUCAUCUUUAUCGACAAGUCGUUCAAAGGGGGGCAGCCAAAAUAGGUUUGCAAUUGAGGUCAUUCCAUUAAAAUACCGAGAUUCCGUGGAUGAUGAGACCUUGCCAUUGUCACUUCCCAAAGCUGACGAUCGCUACCUAAUGGAAGACAUUCCUGUUAGAUACAAAAACCUGAAUACUGUCUGAUAAAAAUAAUUCUUCGCCAGCACAUUCUAAGAACCUAUUCGGAAAUUUGGCGCCUCAUACAAUGCUCAGACAUGACUAGCUGAUGAAGAACUGGAGGUGCAGAUUUUACAAAGUACAUGACGAAAUUAUAAGUUGGCACCUCCUUUCUGGAUGAUAAUUUCUCUAAUCUGGAGAAAGCACAGAUGGUUCCAACCUUAAAGCCAGUUGAGAGAGUUAUUCUUGAAUACCAGUUCUUUAAAAGAAUGAAGUGCACUCGCGCAGGGUGGCAUGCCUCCACUCCUUUUUUUGUUUUAUUUUCUUUUCUUUUUAGGCAGUGAUGCAGUUUUGCUGCAAUUUGAGCUUACCUGAUUUUUCUAGGAAGAUGUAAUAUAGGGACAUCAGGCUCCAUUUUUUAAAUUUUUUUACCUGUAUCUACCUGAUAAAGUUGCUGCCCAAAAUAGUUGUCAAUAUGUUGACUGGGAAUGUAAGUAUCGAAUCAUACUUUCUGACAGAUAACUGGUGAAUCUAAUGUUCAUAUCA